AUGCAUCUGGAUCAGCACAGUGAUCACACCUACACCCAGCGCCAAGACGGAAGACUCCCUCACGAGAUAUCCCCAGCAGAAGUCAAAGACCGCGUGCUGAAGGCACUACGCAAGAACAAGCCAACAGAAGUUGCUGAAAUCGUCGGAAUAGGAACGACGAAAACUGGAUACAUUACAAAAGUGGUCAGACCACGGUUCGGGAUCAUGGUUCACCGCACCCCGACUCGCGAGGUCGCCAAAAUAACGGAGGAAAAUAAGCUUAAUAACAAGGAAUUCAAAAUUGUGGAUAUUGCAUGGCUCAAGAGGAGGGACUCCGACCUAGGAGCGUCUGCGUCGCUUGGAAUCUGGUUCGAUGACCUAGAGGCCACAGAAAGGGCGAUACACGACGGCAUGGUCUUUGGACAUGGGUAA